GUCAAAAGUAACUUUUUUUUUCUGUAUUCAUCGAAACAUCCAUCAGCAAUAAGCAAUGUCACGUCCAAUGAUGCAACCGCAAAUCAUUCUUUUAAAAGAAGGCACUGAUACAUCUCAAGGCAAAGGGCAGCUUCUUUCAAAUAUCAAUGCUUGUGCUGCUGUUGUUGAUACUGUUAAGACAACCCUUGGACCUAGAGGUAUGGACAAGUUGAUGGUAGACAGCAGAGGUGAAGUGACCAUCUCCAACGACGGUGCUACUAUUAUGAAAUUACUCGACAUUGUUCAUCCUGCUGCAAAGACACUGGUAGAUAUUGCUCGUUCUCAAGAUGCUGAGGUGGGAGAUGGUACUACAAGUGUAGUCUUACUUGCUGGUGAAUUGCUGAAAGAAAUAAAAGGUUAUAUCGAAGAAGGUGUCAGUCCACAUGUUAUCAUCAAGGGUUACAGAGCUGCUGCUCGUUUGGCAAUCGACAAAGUAAAGGAAUUAGCUGUCAAGAUUGACAAAAACAACGAAACUGAAUUCAGAGAUCUCCUUUCUAAAUGUGCAGCCACAGCCAUGAACUCAAAGUUGAUUUAUUCCCAAAAAGAAUUCUUCACCAAGAUGGUUGUUGAUGCCGUUUUAUCUCUUGAUCAAGAAAGCUUAAAUGAACGUCUGAUUGGUAUUAAACGAGUCCCUGGUGGCGCUAUGCAAGACUCUAUGUUAGUGAAGGGUGUCGCUUUCAAGAAGACAUUCUCUUAUGCAGGUUUCGAACAACAGCCCAAGGCCUUCAAGGACCCCAAGAUCUUGUGUCUUAAUGUUGAAUUAGAAUUAAAAGCCGAAAAGGAUAAUGCUGAAGUACGCGUUGAGCAAGUGUCUGAAUACCAAGCUAUCGUUGACGCUGAAUGGCAAAUUAUCUACCAAAAGCUGGAAGCCAUUGUUGCAAGUGGUGCCAAGGUUGUGCUGUCCAAGUUGCCCAUUGGUGAUUUAGCUACACAAUUUUUCGCUGACCGUGACAUCUUCUGUGCUGGUCGUGUUGCCAAAGAUGAUAUGGACCGUGUUGUUCAAGCAGUAGGCGGCUCUAUUCAAUCCACCUGUUCUGAUCUGCGUCCUGAACAUCUCGGUCAAUGUGAAACCUUCGAAGAAAGACAAGUAGGUGGUGAGCGUUUCAAUAUCUUUGAAGGCUGUCCUCAAGCAAAGACUUGCACCCUUAUUCUCCGUGGUGGUGCUGAACAAUUUAUUGCCGAAGUCGAACGCUCUCUGCACGACGCAAUUAUGAUUGUCAGACGUGCCAUUAAAAAUAACUUGAUUGUUGCCGGUGGUGGUGCCACAGAAAUGGAGCUCUCUAAGUACCUUCGUAUGCACUCACGUACAAUUGAAGGAAAGCAGCAAUUGAUCAUUGGCGCCUAUGCAAAGGCAUUCGAAAUUAUUCCUAGACAAUUGUGUGAUAAUGCUGGUUUUGAUGCCACUGAUAUCCUUAACAAAUUAAGAAUGAAGCAUGCUCAAGGUGGAAUCUGGUACGGUGUAGAUAUAAAUAACGAAACGAUUGCAGAUAACUUUGAGGCAUUUGUUUGGGAACCAGCCCUCGUCAAGAUCAAUGCCAUUGCUGCAGCCACUGAAGCUGCUUGCUUGAUUUUAUCAGUAGAUGAAACAGUCAAAAAUGCUCAAAGUGAGAAGCCUCAAGGAGGACCUCCUAUGCCCGGUGCUGGUCGUGGCCGUGGUAUGCCAAGACGAUAAACACCAUAUUCUUUGCUGUUCUUUGUUUGCGUAAUUACAUAAUAAUAAAAAAAAAAGACACUGCUGCCGUCAUUCAGGCACAUGAGCAAUUUAAUCGUCGCAUCCUGUUGUUAAAGUCUCUCC